CAACCACUAUGCCUACCACUACACCUUCUGUGACUGGCUGCCCUAUAUGGAAUGUAGGGCCAAAUGAGACAUUUGUAUUGUGCAACUGCACCAUGGCCAGGUGCAUUGAAGACAAUAUAAUUGAAAUAAUACCAUAUGAAUGCCCGACCAUUGAACCGAUCACUUGCACAAAUGGAAGAAAUCCUAUUCUUGUGAAGGAUAAGAAUGGAUGUUGUGAUAUUUAUGCUUGUGACUGUGAAUGUACAGGAUGGGGAGAUCCCCAUUAUGUCACAUUUGAUGGAUUAUACUACACUUACCAAGGAAACUGCACUUAUGUCUUAAUGGAAGAGACUAAGCCAAAGCACCACUUAAAAAUCUAUAUUGAUAAUGUGAUUUGUGAUCCCAGUGAACCUGUGUCUUGUCCUCGAUCUAUAAUUGUAUCAUAUGGGUCACAAGUUAUUACUCUCAAGAAUCAUAACCUCAUCGGAGCAGCUCAGUUAGAGGCUAUCAAGGAUGGGAAACCCCUGAAACUACCUUAUGUACAAGGUGGUGUGAAGGUUGAGACUGCUGUGCUACAAAUUGUUUUGGAAAUCCCUUUACUAGAAGUAAUUGUUUCAUUUGGAGUUACUGGGUUCCGUGUAUUCCUUCCAUUUAAAUACUUUGGUAACAACACACAGGGUCAUUGCGGAACAUGCAAUAACAACCAGACUAAUGACUGCAUGUUGCCUGGUGGCCAUUAUAUACAGGACUGUGCAGUGAUGGCUGACUAUUGGCUUGCAAAAGACAUUUACCAGCCCACUUGUCAAAUCCCCCCAGUAUUCCCCACCAAUACACCUACACCUUCACCAACACUAAUUCCAUGCAAACCAGAAUCCAUAUGUGAAUUGCUAAAGGGCAGUGUCUUUUCAGAAUGCCAUAAGUUUGUUUCUCCUGACAAAUACUUUGAAGCUUGCGUUUUUGAUAGCUGCCAUGUUGAAAAUCCAGCAGUGAUGUGCACAAGCUUGCAAACCUACGCUGCUACUUGUGCUCAAGUUGGGGUUUGCCUGCACUGGAGGAACCACACCACAUUGUGUCCCAGUAACUGCCCACCACACAAAGUUUACAAGCCAUGUGGUCCUGCAGAACAACCAACCUGUGAAGACAAUCCCAAUGAACCCACCCUGAACUUUACCACUGAGGGCUGCUUUUGUCCUGAUGGAACGAAGCUCUUCAAUGAAGAAUCUGACAUAUGUGUUGAUAAAUGUGGAUGUCUUGAUCCUGAUGGCAUCCCUCGUGAGUUUAAUGAGCAAUUUCAGUACAAAUGCCAAAACUGCAUCUGUGAAGAGUCCACUAAGGCUAUCACAUGCAAGCCCAAGGAUUGCCCAUUAAUACCAUUGCUAAACUGCACUGGUCCAGGAUUUAUAAUUGUCAACCAAACCAGUCCAUCGGAUCCGUGCUGUUACACCUAUGUCUGCAAAUGUCAAAGCAGCACUUGUCCAGCCAUUGACAUGAACUGUCCAGUGGGAUUUAAGCCAAAACUGAAUGUUCCUGUUGGACAGUGCUGUCCAGAACUUGUUUGCGAGCCAAAAAGAGUUUGUGUCCACAAAAACACAGAAUAUGAGCCUGGUGCUUCAGUUCCUGUGGUGGCAUGUCAGGAUUGUGUAUGUACCCGAGAAGUGAAUCCAAAUGAUGGCCUUUUCAAAAUAGCUUGUGAAUUCCAGCAAUGUGAUGAAAAAUGUGCAACGGGAUAUGAAUAUGCCGAAAUUGAGGAAGAUGAAUGUUGUGGGAAGUGUGUCCAGACCCACUGUAUCGCCACUAUUAAUGGUACCAAACAUCUCUUAGCACAAGGAGAAUCUUGGGCACCACCUGGUAACAACUGUGAGCUUUACACUUGUAUUAAGACCGAUGGGAUAUUCACGGCUAAGUCACACAUUGUCUGUCCACCAUUCCAGGAGGCCAACUGCCAACCUGGCACAAUUCAGACAACUGCAAAUGGUUGUUGCAAAAUUUGUAAGUAUGAGGAGAAGGCUUGCAAGCUACUACCUGCCAAAACUACCAUCAGACACAAUGGCUGUCCAAUCUCUCCAUGAUGUAGAUAUGCCAUAUGUGAAGUCUGCAACACCUUCACCAAAUACUCUGAAUUAGCAGCAGCUAUGCAGCAUUCUUGCUCGUGCUGCAGGGAAUCACGCUCCAGCAAUCGCACGGUUGACUUGCAAUGCCUGAAUGGAGACACAAUUCCCUACACCUACAUGUACGUGGAGGAGUGUACUUGCGGCCAGUCAGAGUGUACCACAGCUGCGAUACGAUCUGCUCGCAAGAGGCGAAGCUUCACACUUGUGUAACUGAAGACCUAUAAUCACACUAAUGGAUAAAUUAGUGUAAUAUAGUCUCAGUUGUUAUAUCUGACUCUUACAAAGUAAUUGCCAAUGUAGGCAGUAUAUUUACCGAUUCUAUCAAAUAAAAUUCUGCAACUCUG